AUCACCGCAGAGCUGUCGUUAUGGCAACAGUAUUCUGCUGCGUUUGCUACGUCACUUCUGUGUUUUCUAUUGUCCACGCUUGCUGCAAAACGGGCAUCUUCUUCGUUUAUGCAGAAAUACGAACGAAUAGAAAAAAUGGAUCGUGGUUUGAAGCGCCGUCAGGUGAAACCUCUUGCUGCUUCACUUCUUGAUGCCUUGGAUUAUAACAGCUCAGAUGACAGUGACUUUGAAGUUGGAGAUGCCACAGGAUCAGAUGGGACAGGCAAUGGGAGUGAUGAGGAAGGCUCUAAACUAAAUGCUGCUGGUUCCGAAAGUGACUCAGACAAUGUGGGUUCUUUCGAUGACGGUAUAGAUGAAGAAGAGACCAAAGAUCUGACUGCUGAGGACAACCUGGCAGAAGAUAAGUCGAAACACCAGACCACCUCAGACACAUCUACGAAAGACAGUCCUGGCGUUAGUCCUCCUAAAGUCAAACGAAAGAGCAAGAAGUUUUUGGAGUCUGAGUCCAGUUUAGAUGCUGGCAAUGACUCUACCUUGGGGUCGAGGCUUGUCAAUGAUAAUGCUGACGUGUUUGAAACUGAGCCCAAAAAAUGGAACUUUCGCAGAAACCGUCCACUACUUGACUUUACAACCAUGGAGGAGCUGAAUGAGAUGGAUGAUUAUGAUAGCGAGGAUGACAAUGACUGGAGACCCACAGCAGGGAAGAAGAAAGGCAAGGUAGCCACCCAAAAAGGUGGCACAGAGGAAGAAUAUGGUGGUAGUGCAGAUGAUAAUAAUGAUGGUGAUGAAGAUGAUGAUGACAAGGAUGAUAAUGAUGAUGAUGAUGAUGAUGACGAUAACGAUGAUGAUGAUUACACUGACGAUGACGAUGAUAAAGGAGAUGAAGAAAACAGCAGCAGUGAGAGUGACAAGGAUGUGAAGAAAGUCAAGAAAAAGGCUAAGAGUACCAAUACUUUUGAUGAAGAAUUAACAAAUGACAGCAUGUCCCAAGGGAAAGGAAAUGAGCAGGAUUCCUUGCUUGAUCGGUCCCAGACCUGGAGUGCUCAGCAUAUUCUCAUCUGCUCGGUUUGCCUGGGAGACAACAGUGAGGAUGCAGAUGAGAUCAUUCAGUGCGACAAUUGCGGUGUAACUGUACAUGAAGGGUGCUAUGGUGUUGAUGGGGAGAGUGACUCUAUAAUGAGCUCAGCAUCAGAGAACUCAACAGAACCUUGGUUUUGUGAUGCCUGUAAGAAUGGAGUGAUGCCAAGCUGUGAGCUAUGCCCCAACCAGGAUGGUAUCUUCAAAGAGACAGAUGCAGGGAGAUGGGUGCAUGUGGUAUGUGCACUUUAUGUUCCCGGGGUUGCAUUUGGAGACAUUGAUAAACUACGACCAGUGACACUCACUGAGAUGAAUUAUUCAAAAUAUGGGGCCAAGGAAUGCAGUUUCUGUGAAGAUAAUCGCUUUGCCAGGACUGGUGUGUGCAUCAGCUGUGAUGCAGGAAUGUGUCGGUCCUACUUCCAUGUCACUUGUGCACAAAAAGAGGGGCUCCUUUCAGAAGCUGCUGCAGAAGAGGAUAUUGCGGAUCCAUUUUUUGCCUACUGCAAGCAGCAUGCAGAUCGCUUUGAUCGGAAAUGGAAAAGAAAAAACUACUUGGCUUUGCAGUCAUACUGUAAGGUGUCUCUGCUCGAGCGAGAGAAACAGCUUACUCCUGAAGCUCAGGCUCGAAUUAUGACUCGCCUGCAACAAUACCGUGCCAAAGCAGAGCUCUCCAGGAACACCCGACCUCAAGCAUGGGUGCCAAGGGAAAAGCUGCCGCGUCCCCUGACCUCUAGCGCUUCAGCCAUCAGGAAGUUAAUGCGAAAGGCAGAGCUAAUGGGUAUCAGCACAGACAUUUUUCCAGUGGACACAUAUGACACCAAUGCUAGCAUGGAUGGACGUCGGAAACAUAAGCAACCUGCCCUCACUGCAGACUUUGUCAAUUACUACUUGGAGCGUAAUUUACGAAUGAUCCAGAUUCAGGACAACAUCUCUGAGCAGAAGAGCUUAAAAGACAAGCUGGAAAAUGAGCAAGACAAACUACAUGUGGAGUACAACAGGCUCUGUGAAUCUCUAGAGGAGCUGUUAAAUGUCAAUGGAGAUCUGCGAAGUGAAGGCCAGGCUAUGUGGACUCUGCUUGGGGACAUCCUUGGGCAGGAACUAAACACUCCAGCUGUUUUAAAGGUCCCCAAAGAGAGGAAGUCUAGCAAGAAAGAUGGGGGAACUCAGGGGAAACCAUCCAGCCUUCCAGCAAUUCUCUACAGCUGUGGCAUCUGUAAAAAGAAUCAAGACCAACAUCUGCUCGUCUUAUGUGACACCUGCAAACUCUACUAUCAUUUGGGUUGUCUAGAGCCACCACUGACACGGAUGCCCAAGAAGACCAAGAACAGCUACUGGCAAUGCUCAGAGUGUGACCAGGCAAGCAGCGAUGAAGCUGACAUGGCUAUGGAGACGCUACCCGAUGGUACAAAGAGGUCCAGGAGGCAGAUCAAAGGCCCAAUCAAAUUCAUCCCACAGGAGAUGUCUCCAGAGCCCAAACGACCUCAAGUUCGAGGCACGAGAACCAGAGGACAGAAAAGAAAGAAUGUCCUGAUCUGUGAAGACAGAGAAGAUAAGAUUGAGGAAUCAGUGCCCAGGGAGCGCAGACAUCGGCAGUCUGCUGUGCUAAGAAAAAACAAACCAGAUGACACAAGGACUGAGUGUAAAACCUGCAAAGGACCAGGUGACAGUGAAAAUCUUGUGAGGCAUAAAAACUUGGGAGAGAUGACUGUUGGCUAGAGCAAAACUGAGAGAAAAACAAAGGCAAAAUCGAGGCAUUUGAAGAAUGGCAGCUGAUUCAGCAUGAAGAAAAAGACCACCCCCUCCAGCCCACAAUGAUCAACUGAUCCAAACUGGAUGAACAGCUGCACAACGGAAAUUGACAGGAUCUGAAAGACAAUUGGUCUGAGAUGAACCCGCUCGGAUUUUGAUUGGAAUUGUUCAACUGCUGCUAUCAUCAAAUACAUUGAGACGUUGUUCUUUUUUUGUAACUCAUUUAACAAAAUAUUGUCUUUAAUUUUUGUAACAGCAGGACGGUGGAGCGUCUGGUAAAAGUUGGCCUCAGAGUUCUGAGGACUGGGGUUCAAAUCCUGGCCUCGCCUAUGUGGGUUUUACAGGUUCGCCCCACAUCCCAAAACAUGCAUUAAUUGGAGACUCUAAAUGUCCUUUGCGGGCUCCUCAUCAGACAGACUUGUUAUUGUGAGUGCUAGUGCUGUCUGUCUUUGUGCUUCCUGCAAUUAGCUGGCAACCAGUUCAGGGUGUACCCUGCCUCCUGCCUGAUGACAGCUGGGAUAGGCUACAGCACUCCUGCGACCCUUGUGAGAAUAAGCAACUCAGAAAAUAGAUGGAUAGCUAAUUUUGGUAACUUCAAUUAUAUCAAGCAACAAUAAGUAUGUGAAGUUGUUUAUGAUGUACUAUGCCAGAGCUAGCCAGGAUGCUAUCAGUCGAAUGAAGUAGAUGUCCGUCUUAUGGUAAAUGAGAGCAUAUUGAUUAAAUUUGAAGGCUGUAUUUAUUAUUUGUGUCACCAAUGAUUACAGUUAUGCACUAAGCUUCCUUUUGGAUUAAAAAAAAAAUCUUGCACUGUAUUCCAUUUUAAUUGUCAUUAAGAUAAACAAUCCAUUCAAUUCUGAGGGAAGGAGCCUUUUGUUUUCUGAAGUUGCAGUGAAGUCCAUUUGCCAUCCUCCUUUUGUUGGAAGUUGGUGGAGGAAGCACCAUGGAGCAGUGGUUCAAACAGAUGGUUUGUAAUCUUAAUAUGGAAAUGAAUUUUACCUGACAGGACAUUGUUGGGAGCAAGAAAAUAAACAGCUGACAAAUGUAGACUGUGGGGUCCAAAACACCAUCAUUCAUAAUACAAGCACAGCAACAGGAUGUUUAUUUGGAUAAUUUCUUGCAGAUGCAGAUUAUCAAACUAGUAGAUGUUAUGCAAUGGGAAAAAAGGCACAACAGAUAUAGUACCCAUCUGUAGAAGUACAGUACACCCCCAUCAGGAGCAUUUUGUUCCAGAGGUUCCAUGCAAUUAAUUAAAUUUACAAACUUGUGGCUAUUUUUUUUAUUGUGAUGUAUAUUUUUAAGUGUAAAAAAAUUUAAUUAAUUUCCAAUAUGUUAUGGUCUAGACAGGUGCAGAUAUUUAAUUUCUCCACUUCAAGUCACCAUCCACACACACUAUAUAUAAUGCCUACUUAAAGGAAGCUGUGCUUUGCUUAAAUGACGUGAAGAAUUCCUAAUUCUGACAUGGUGUGAUCAAGCGAUUUCCUGCCUUAAACAUUGGCACUGUUGCUCACACUGACAUUCCUGCCAAUGUAUUCAUUGAAAAGCAUUAUGGGAAUCCAUAAUUCAUUACGGUGAUAUUUUUAACUAUUGUACUGUAGUUGGCCAAAAAAUCAAGCUUAAACAUUGCUCCUGCCUUUGUUAUUGUCACUGUUAUGAAUGUAUGCGUUGGCUAUUUGUCAAACUAAGGAUAUUUGCGCAUUGUGGAUAUUUGGAUUGUGUACUAAACAUUGGCUUUCUGGUCGUAUUCUUUUCAUCCUCAAGAAGUUUUGUCGCUUACCAAUUCUUUGAGAUGAGAAUAGUCAGGAAAGUUUCUUUUUCUGCUAAGAAUAAGCACCCAAUUGAUAUUAUGUGUAAUUUCUGCCAAACUAAAAUUGUAUAACCGCUGCAGCUGUGUCAGAGAUGUAUAGAUGAGUUACUUCAUUAGAUUGACCUAUAAAAAAUAGAUUAAUAUUGGAUAUUGCAAGGGAUUACUCGAAAAGUAUUUAAAAUGUAUUCAGAUUAAGGUAAAAUUAACUUCCAACAACCUUGUGUGUGUGACUGUGUGUUCAUUUAUUUUAAGUGAAAGGCUAGAGGUAUUUAAAUUAAGCUUGUCAUGUGCAGUAUGAAAAAAAUAUUCUUGUUGGUCAUUUCUGUAGUAUGUACAUGUUAGGACAGUGCAUAGUGAUUGCAUUAGAUUAAUACAAAUGUUAUUGUUUUUAGGUAUUUAGAAAUCUUCCUCAUGUGUUAUAUCCAGAAGUUGACCGUCUGCCAUGUCAUCAGAAAGAAGCCCAGCUUUGUCUCCAUGUCCCGAGUGGUUCUCAGUCAGGGCUGUCAAAACAGCUACUUUUUCCUCUUCUAAGGCACAAGACAAGUGUCACAUUGUGCCCCCAAGUGUCCCUUUGUGGCUCCUUGGCAAGCUUUUGGGUCCAACAAUCCAUAUAGUGUUUAAUGCUGUUGUUAAAAACCAAUUCCAUUGGUCUUUUCAGAUGAAAGCUUAAUUCUGCUGAAUCAUAACCAGUCACUUCUAACAUUUUCUCUAAUAGCUAAUUUCCCUACAUGCAGUUACCCAACCUGAAUACAGUGGUACCGCUACUUACGAACCUCAUUAGUAAAGAAAAAUUCAAAUUAUGAAACACCUCCGAAAAAUAUUGUCUCUAGUUAUGAAGCAUAUUCAGGAUACGAAAGGAACAAAUAGGCGUUGGAUUCCCUAAAUUCCACCAAAUGUAAACAUCCUGUAUCUUGGUUUGUGUGGUGCGAUAAAGCUGCUCUCCCAUUAGCUAUCACAUAGCAUCUUCCUGGCGUCCCAUUGGCUCGGAGGGACGUCCUCUAUCUUGGUUUGUGUGGCGUGUUAUGUGAGAAUUUAGACUAAUGACCCCUUUGUUCAAACCAGCAAAAUGUGACAAGGCACUUGUCUUGCAUUUCCGACAAUUUAAUCUCACACACAUCAACACAACACAAACACGAUAAAAUAGCUAACACAAAGUAGGGAUUCAAGAACAGAGUAGUUGAGCCACAACGGCAAAUAGACACCAAGGUUGAACAAGUGUUACCAAACAAUCAAAUGUUUGUCCCAGCGGGUAUUCCAAGUUAGCGUAAGUUCCAAAAACGGAAGCCGGCAGGCGUCCAUGCAGUUAGUGUUCCAAGCAGCGUAGUUUCCCAGAGCAGUGGUGAGGUCGUGAGAAGAAGCCUCGUUGUCCGUCUUUCUCAUCCUUUUAUAGGUAAUCCUUGAAACAUUUCAGACUUCCGUGUCACAAAGAGCACAAACAGUUCGUACCACACGGACCCAAGUGCAUUAGAGGAAACCGCCUCACAUCAUAAGGACUAAGAAGUAUGAAAGUAAACAGUGUCACAAAGACCCGCAUGAUGACAACGUAAAAGCAUAAAAGGAAAAUAAAGAGAACAAAAAAUUAAAAUACACACACACAUAACAGGCGUGAUAGUGCUGCUCUUCCAUUCGCUACCGCCGUGGUAUCUUCCUGGCAUCCCUUUGAAUAGGAGGGAUGUCAAUCUUUACCCAUGAUGCAAUUACUCUAUCUUGGUUUGUGUGGUGCGAUAAAGCUGCUCUCCCACUGGCUAUCAUCAUAACAUCUUCCUGGCAUCCCAUUGGUUGGGAAAUCAAUCUUUACUCAUGAUGCUUUUUGAUUCCCAUGUUGUCACCGAAUCACGCUAGCGCUGUCACACACUGUCAUAAGCUAAUGUAAUGUUUUCAUUUGUGUUUUCUGGAGGUUUAUUCCUCUUUCUUCACCAUGGGCUCCAAGAAACUUUAUUGGAAUUAAGUUGUGUGCGUGCAUACGCUCGUGUGUAUGUUUACUCUCUGCUGUCAAAGUUUGUCUCCUCCUCCGUUCCCCACGUUGCCUUUUACAUGUCAUUGAAACCGUUCUCUUCGCAUAGUUGCCAAAGCUAAAUGAACAUAACUUUUAAAUUAUUCUUUAAAUUAUGUACUUUGAAUUCUUCUUUUGGGGGGGGGCUUACAACGGUUUCAGCUAUUUAUAUGUAAAAUGCACUUCUACUUCUGAACUAUUCACAUUAUAAAACAACUUCCGAAAUGGAUUAACUUCGUAAGUAGAGGUACCACCUUAUGUAAUAUUUAACUGAGCAUAAUUACAACCCUUUUUAACUGGGUUGAAGCAUAGCUAACUGUAGUGAUUUUUUUUUUUUAUUUGCGCAUGUAUACUUGAUUAAACAUUUCCUGCAUAUUUGUCAACAUUAAUUACAGUGUGCAUGUGUAUGAGGUGUCUAAACUCUUGAAAAUGUAGUGAGGCUUUAAUAAAUUUGACCUUUCAUCUUAUUGGUGCAGUGAUAAAUGAGUGGAAGCAUGUGAAUUAGUUGCUCUUAACGUGUGGCUGCAGCGGUCUGUUUGUACAUGUAAUGCCCUCUGUCAUCUAUGAUUUAUCGCCUGGGAACUGGCAUUGUUGGUAGGGACCUUGUGAAAGUAUUCGGACCCCUUGAAC